AUUAAUUGAAAAUCUUGAAAUCAAAUAUAUGAGAACAUUUUUAUUAUUUUUAGAAAAAAAGAAGCAAUUCAAAAUGAAUAAAACUGUUCUUAAUACAGUAUUGAAAAAACUUUAUAAAAUAGCCAAAUAUCCCAGACUGUAUGAAUUAAAAAAAAAUCCAACAAUGUACAAAGGAAAAAAAAACAUAGAUUACUCUCAUUAUGAUUUUGCAAGCGUAUUGUCAUAUACAAGAUACAUUUUCAAAAGAAUUGAAAGCCCAUCAAUUGAAAUUGUUGGAACCAUGCUAUUAGGAGAGACUCAAUUUCAUCCAGAAGAGGUUUAUAAAUUGUAUUCUCGUGUAAUUUAUUCCAAAUCACCAGAGAAAGACCGGAAGUUCAAUAGCAUCACAGGGGUAUACUUGAUUCCAAAUGAGGACUGUUUGGCUUCAUUAUUGACCUGUUCACUCAAAAUUAAGAAAUUGGACAAAGAAAUUCCGGAUUCAUCUGAACAUAAAUGUUAUGAUGCUGAAACUGGGUACUUGAUGUGGGAGGAUAAAUAUGCUGUUCAAGUGGCUAUUAGUGAGUUCAAAAAAUGGGUGAGGUUUUCGAAUUUGAAGGAGGAAGAUGAGAAUGCUGAGAGUGAGAGCAUUCAGAACUCAUUUGACGAUUAUGUUUUGCCCUCCAAUGAGCUAUGGAUUCUAUAUAUCAAAGUGCUAUUCAAGUACAACUACUUGGACCACCUAUCAGACAUCUUGAGAUGGUGGGAAAGACUAAGCUUCAAUCCCAACAAAAGGUGCUUGUUGCACUUGAUGGCCAGCUUGCCUGAAGAUGUUGCCAACGUACUAAGAAAACAUGCUGAAAGCAACUUGAAAGAGGCAGUUGCUGGUGAUGUCCCAGACUCUGCUGAUGAGCAUAUCUCCUACGAGACUUGCAAGGACGACUUCAGGUUCACCAACUGGCCCUGGCCCACUGAGUUUGAAUUGCAGGACUUCAGAAUCGACUAUGUGUCAACAAUGAAGAACAAACAGGCUGUAGAAGAUGCACUGUAGCUGUAGAUAUAUAGAUUCGAAUAAACUGCUCUUCCUCGGUGGGACUUUUUGCUUUGAGCUGGGUCGAAUUCUUUCCGUUCUUGUGUAAAUUUUUAUUUUCUGGAGCUGAACCUUUUUUGAUUUCUCUAACACAACCCUUUACUGUUUUUUGGGUGCUUUCUUGACCAUUUCCUGCUCUGCUUGCUGUUUAUAUCCAGUUUCACACUCCCCCAGCUCUUAACAAUGGAGAGCAACAAUGCCAACAUCAUUGAUCCUGCCAGAAAGAGAAAACUCGCUAAUUCUGAUCCAGGCACCAAAAAGACGAAGAUAGAUCAGCAAAACAGCCUGAAUAUC